AUGAACGCGUACUUCUCCCCUGACGCGGCGUUGACGCCAGAGACGCCGCCGGAGGCUUGCGGCACGAGCGAACCCGCCUUCAAGGCCCUCUUCACCCUCCCGCCCGCUUUCAUCCUCCAGCACGUGCGCAACCGGAACGAAGCGCUGCUGCUGCUGCAGAUCUCCUGUGCCGGGCGCAAGCUGGACCAGCUCGAAUUGGAGGGACGUCUCCUGGAUGCCCGUGAGUGGAGAGACCCGAUCAAAUUGGCCGCCAUCCCCAUCCUGGGCCAGUCGCAUGCCAUCAACCACAGAUCCACCACGUGCGUCGUGGACCAGCUGAAGCGGUGCAUUCGCGAGAUCACCACACUACGGAAUUCCUUGGCCCACUACGCGCAGAUCAACAGCACCUUGGCCGAGGAGCUGAGGGCCGAGGGGUGCGAAGGACUGGCCGGCGACAAGGCCACGCUGGCCGAGGUGGAGCGGGCGCUGCUGAAGCGGCUCAACAACCUGCUGAGCGCACAGCAUCCCUACCAGGGCAGCGGGACGCCCUGGGAAAGCAUCCUGGCCUCGAUUCUCAACUCGCCCUCGUCGUCGUCGUCGUCGGCCUCUUCGGCUUCAUCCGAACCAACAUCUACCUCAACCUCAACCUCAUCUUCAUCGUCUUCUUCAUCUUCUGUCGCUCCACCAGCACUCGACCGAAAAGGCGGGCGUCGACAGGAUCACCGCGAUGAGGCCUACAACGAAGGAGCGGAUGAGAAGAGUGAAAAAGAACGAAAGCGACAGAUGCGAGGAACGCAAGCAGGCCCAACCAUGUCGUCGUUUUCUUCGCUCUUCACGUCGCACACUUCGGAGAUCCAGUUCGCGGUGCAGACCAACCCGAGCAAAGAAGCCAAGGCCAACAGCAAGAGCGGAAGGGAAAAGAUCGAAGAGCGGAAGGGAGAGAGACACGAACGCGGGAAACCAACAGCGACCACCUCAUCAUCGGCCGCAGCGACGUCGACCUCGACCACCGGCGCACUGGCCGCCUCGUCCUCGCCCUACAGCGCUCCGGCGAACGCGCGCGUGGACCGCCAGCGCGGCAGCAGGGAUCUGGCGGCCAGAAGCGCUUCGCACAGCACAACUGACGUACCUGACAUUCCGCCGCAGCCUCCACACCCUGCGUCCCCCUCGUCGUCGUCUCCGUCGUCAUCGUCCUCGUCUUCUUCAUCUUCUUCGUCCUCAUCGUCAACCCCGGCGUCGUCGGCCUCCACGUUCGCGGCGUCGCGCGACAAGGCUGCGAAAGGCCGCGAGAGCCACAGCGACGAGUCGUCGUCCCUCAUCCUCUGCUCGGCCUCCGUGUCCUACUCCCCGCCGCUCAUCGCCUCGCCGGCGUCGCUCACGCGCCAUCGUCGCUCGCCGUCACCUCCGUCCGCCUCCGCGGCUGCGGCCCAGCAGCACUCGGUCUUGCCGUCGUUCCUCUGCUCGUCGUCUACACCGCCGUCGACUUCGCCGCUGCAGCCGCCGCCGCAGCCGCAGCCACUCGAGUUGUCGCCCUCGCCGCCGGCAUCGCUCGCGACGACUCUGGCGUCGCUGGCGAGUGCAGUGUCGCCCAUUCGCCCGGUGGACUCGCCCGGUCGCGGCGAUGGCGGAAGCAGCGGCGGGGGCACGCCGCUCAGGGACAUCCACACGCCGUUCUCGCAGCCCGAGGAGCCUCUCCCGCCGCCGGCCCAUCUCCACGCGGCGAAGAAGAACGAAGAGCGAAAAAAGAACGAAGCGCGAAAGGGGAACGCAAAGGACGGAAAGAGCGAAGACGACGAAGCGAAUGUAAGGGAGGAGCCAACGAGAAAGCGGGGCUACGAGGAAGUGCGAAUAGCGAAAACGAAAACGAAGAAAGUGAGGCGAAGGGACACGCCGCACACUCGAAUUACGGCGAGCAAGAACCAACAGCUGAGCGAUGACGGCAAGAAAGGCGACGAGAAGACCAUCGAAGCCGCUGAAGUGAAUGAGGACCUCGAUAUCGAAGUCGACGAGGAGCUGGAGAUCAUGCUGAAGCGAGACGACGAGGAGGCUGAGGAGGCCGAGAAGCGGCGCGACAACGAGGGCGACUGGCCCUGGCCGUCGACCCUCCUCGACCACUCGCAGCUCACGCCCUUCACCUACUCCUCCCAGGCCGCCGACAUCAACCCGCCCUCCUCCUCCGCCUCCCCGCCACCGCCUCAACCACCGCCCCAACCGCCGCAGCAGCCGAGCCAACAACGACUCGGCGAGCCCCUGCCAGAAGUCGACGAAGACGACGACGUCGAAGAUGGUGAAGAAGAAGGCGACGGUGGCAGGAAUGGGUCCGACUCCUUCCUUCCAGUCACUGUUCGCCGGUCUGUCGCCGUCGCCCGAGCUCGGUUCUUCCGAAGAUGA